UUCAUCCAACGCCUGACGGCUAUUUUUCCUUUUUCCCGAUUUACGAAUCGACAACCGCGAAAGAACCGUCGGUCACCUUACUAUAUCGCGUCUCUCGAUCCCUCAUUCGUCAUGGCUACAACACCCAGCAAGACAGGCAGACGCGUCCUUGGUGACAUCUCUGUCAAUACACCUUCGAAAUUACAAACGAUUCGUACCGCCGAGAAGGGAGGGGCAUCACUCGCUGAAAGGGAGAAUUAUGCUACAGAGUCGAGCGUGUUGGGCGCGAAGAAUAUGGGGCACACGUCGAAACAAUUGCUGUUCGCACCUGGGAAGGAUGGGAGCACUAUUGGCAAGAAGCGAAGCAUUCAUGAGGUAGAGGGCAUCGAGCAAUGGUCUGAACCGCGUGAGGCGCCAUUGUCAGAAUUGACGCGGUCAAGACUGAGCGAAGAACGCGUCACUUUGCAAAGACAAGAGUCGCGCGAGAAUUCGCAAAUUGCUCAGACACAACAAACAAACGAGCAACCAUUGGAUCAAGCCCAGCUCAAUGAUGAGCGAGUUUGCUCUGAAGACUCGACUCCAAAGCAAACGACGCCAGCACCAACUACAGAACAUCUUGCACCCAAUUCAGUUCCCUCAAACAAUGAUGCUUCAACGACAUCAACUCCCCCACACAACCAUGCGACGCCGCAAUAUCACCCGAACGGUCCGGAGUCUGUAACGCAGGAUUCGUUUUCGUCGGUCAUCGACUAUAGCCCACCCGACACGAGUAUCACUGAGCAGCGGCAGCAGCAACAGUCUACUGAGUCCGCUCAAUCUGUUCCCAGCGUCGCAUCUGUACGUUUUCUAUUCCCCCCUUUGUCUCUUUCCACAUAUCCUCUCUCUCAAUGAAUAAAUGACUAACAACAUCUUCACAGCCCGCUGAAGCCUUGAAACUGCGACUACGAGUAGCCAUGUUCAAGGUCCAGACCAACCAAACCAACGUCCCCCUCUCAGAGCUUCAGGUCACUCCCCGCACGAUGGCUGCCCUCCUCACCGCCCGAAAGGCAAUGAAGCAGUCUACUUCAUCAUCUUCCUCUUCUUCUGCCAUUACAGAGACACCUCAGACUCAAACUCAGACUAAGAACACGCCCUCUCUUCAACCAUCUCCCGACUUUGCCACCGGCUCAGCGCUCCGUCGUCAGACCACAACGACACUUGCAUCUGCACCUGCACCUGCAUCCGA